AUGUCCUCUCAAACACCAUCCAGGACUCGGAAACGCACGCGUCAAUCAAAUGUCGAUGCCAGCUCACCAGAGGCCGCCUCCGCUCAACCGCAGCCAGACAACAGUUUCUGGCCGGAGAAUGGUGACGUCGUGCUGAGCGCGGAAAUGACUGCGUUCCACGUGCACAGGUCGGUGCUCUCGCAGUGCUCGGACGUGUUUCGCGAAAUCCUCGCGCUGCCCCCAUCGAAAGGCGAGAUCAUGGACAUGUUCGAGGGCCAUUCGCUCGUCAGGUUAUCUGACCAGGUGGAAGAUGUACAUAUCCUGUUGGGGACGUUGUACCAGAGGCACAGGUACCUUCCCUGCGCGCGGCCCCAGCUUACUCCAAAAGUCUUCGGGAUUCUCCUGCGACUUUCGCACAAAUACAAGAUAGAGGAUAUCCUUCGCGACAUAAUGGCUACUUUGGCCUUGUCUUUCGAUUGCACUUUGGAUCGGUUCCAAUAUCUCGUUGAUAGCGAUGGAGACGAGAAUAUGAGACUGGCGCCACUUCCUGGGACUGGGAUCAUCCUGGCCAAUUCACUAGAGAAGUUGCUGCCACCCGAGGUGAUCAUGAGUGAGUUUGUUCAUGAAAAUGGGAAAGUCGAGAAGCUGCACACGAAGAACCUCUUGCGCUACAUAAACGGGAGGGCACAGCUUGCAUAUCUGUACACCGAGCUUCUACGCAGAACUUUAAACCCCAAGUUCGCUGAAGAUUGUGAGGGUCAGUCGACAUCAUGUGUGGAGGUCCUUACGAGGUCUCGAUCCAUCGCUCAAUAUGAGCAUAGUCGUCGGGGAAGACCUGUUUUUAGUGUGCUGCAAUCCUUCUUGAGUGAAAAGGAUUUGAAAUGGCUUGAGGACAACCAGUUGUGCGCGCGUUGUCUGGCUAAGGUCAGGGAGAAGGACAAGGAGGAUGCCGUCUGGAGAGACGUCAGAAAGCAUCUAAUAGAAUACUAG